AUGGAAGUGAGGCAAGAUUUCAUGCUUUCACCUGCUGGUGAUAGUGAACCAACUUUCAGAACUGCGCAUUUUCUCAAACCUAUUGAAAACUCCACUCACGAGUUUAGCCUUAACCCUUCAUCUUCAUCAUCUGUUUCCGAACCAAACGGGUGCCCUUUGAAAAUCAACUUCAAUGGCUGGCGCUAUCCACAGACAAAAUGGGUUAAGUGGGUUGAUCAACUUAAGCCCAAGUAUGAAUCAGUUUGGAGAAAAGCUGGAAUCUUUGAACCUAUAAUGAGUACUAAGAGCCGCAUUACUAAAAAUCAAGACUUGCUUUAUGGGGUUGCUGAGAAAUGGUGUUGUCAGACAAAUACCUUUGUGUUUCCCUUUGGUGAAGCAACUCUCACUUUGGAGGAUGUUAUGGUUUUGGGUGGUUACUCUAUUCUUGGCGAACCUGUUUUUACACCACUUGAAGAUCCAGAAAUGAGAGAGGUGGAAAAGAAGCUCCAACACAUUGAAAGACAGGAGAGGAUUAUAAAACGUAUGGCUCCUUCAACAUCUGUCUGGAUGAAUAUUUUCAUUAAUAAAGGGAGUGAAAUUGAGCAUGAAGCAUUUCUUGUUACUUGGUUGUCAAUUUUUGUUUUUCCUCACAAAUACAACCUAGUGAAAAGUUGUUUGUUUCCUAUUGCUAUUCAUCUUGCUAGAGGGAAUCCUAUUGCUUUGGCACCUGCUGUUUUGGCUAGCUUAUAUAACGAUUUGACUUUGUUUAAGGAAAUAAUUGUAGGUUUUAAGAAAUGUUUAUUACGAGGUGUUGAACUUCCUUUGGUGUUGGAGGUUGAUGUACAAUCACCAUUUUACUUGGUUCAAGUUUGGGUGUGGGAGAGGUUCAAAAAUUUGCAACCACAACCUAACUUGAUCGACAAUGAACACCAUGUGUUGUCGAGGUGGCAUAUGGUUAGGGCUUUGAAAAUUGACAAUGUGAGAUUCGCAUUGGAAUCAGCUAUAGAUGAUUUUCUUUGGCGUCCAUAUGUUAGAUAUGCUGAUAAGUGUGGAAUGUUUUAUCCAAAUGAUGAAAUUUUGGUACCAUUUAUGGAAGUUUUGGAUAAAAAAAUGCUCUCAUUUGUUCUAUGCUUGAGAGCUUCUGAGCUUGUUGGAAUUGAAUGUAUAGAGCAAUAUCUACCACAUAGAGUUGCUAUGCAAUUUGGAAUGGAUCAAGAUGUUCCUGGCUAUGUGUCUAGAUUCAAUGAGACUAAAGAGCUUGCUUGGAAAAAUUACACCAGAACCUCAUCGGAUACAAGUUUAUAUUUUCCAUCUAGAUUUUUUGAGGCUGAUGUUACCACGCGUUAUGCAAAGUGGUGGAAAAAAUCAAUAUUGGGUCUUCAGGGUUUCAAUAAGAACGUUGUGCGGCGUAAGAGAAGUGCGAGGUUAUUGAUAUUUAGACCUGAUCAUUCUGCUUUGUUUCCCCCUCCUAAACUUGUUGACGAUGAUGUUCCUAAAGUUUUGAAAACCAUGUCAUCUGAAAAUUCUGCUGAAGAUGGUUUGAAAGAUGAGAAAAAUGCUGAUGCUCCAUCAAGUCUACCACCAGAACAUAACACUUUGACUCCUUUGAUAUCUGCUGUUGAGGAUUGUAAGACUGUGUCGGAAGAUGAUAAGCUUCAAGAUGGAAAUUCUCUUAAAGAUGGUCUGGAAUCUGAGAAAUUUGAUGCCGAUGCUGAUGCUACUUCAAGUCUACCACAAGAACAUAACACUCUGAUUCCUUUAAUAUCUGUUGAAGUUUUUAAGACUGUGCUGGAAGAUGGUGAGUUUAAAGAUGCAAAUGAAAGCAAAGAAGCUGGGUUGUCAAGUGAGAGAAUAUGCGAACCAGAGACUCAAGGUGGGAGCUAUAGCUAUUUAUCUGAUGCGAGCAUAGCGAAACUUGAAGAGAGAAUUAGCCGACUCGAGAAACUUCAUAGAGAAUUGAAGAUGCCAAGGUUCCUGGUGUGA